UUCAAAAUGAAAUUCCAAUGGGCAUCGGGACUUAUCCUCGGGGCUGCCACUGUUGGCGCCUACAUGCCUGCCGAAUUUUCCUAUAAAUCUACCGAUGAUGACCGCCCUGAUACCGGCGACAGAGUUACGGGCAAAAUUGAAUGGCAAUCACCUCCUGUCAACUCUACUCUCCUUGAUCGCAAGAGCUACAAUGUCUUCUGCUCCAGCGAGCAUGAGGAUCACAAGUGCCAGCGCGCAAUCGACGGCUGGAGCGACACCUACUGGCACAGCGACUGCAAAGAGGAAGGAGCUCCCUGGAUUGUCGCCGAUCUGGGCGCUGAGCUGAACGUCAGCGGUCUAACUAUGCUUCCUCGCUUGAACGAAUCGGUCAGCCGCGGCCAGAUUUCCGAUCACCGCAUCUACGUCAGUACGGACAAGGAGAGCUGGGGCGAGCCAGUUGCAUACGGAAACUGGGGAAGGAACAAGGGCAUGAAACUUGCUGCCUUUGACCCCAAGCCGGCCCGUUACGUCAAGCUUGUUGCUGACAGCGAAUCUCACCCGGAGACACCUCGUACCCCGCAAGGAUGGACCACCAUUGUCAACCUCGGAAUCUACACUGCAGACUACACUGUCCCCGUCGAGCCUGGCAAGGGUCUCUGGGGGCCGACAAUAGAUUUGCCUGUCAUCGCCGUUGGCUCUGCUCAAGUCAAGAGCGGCGAAAUUAUUAUGUGGUCUGCCUGGUCUGAAGACAAGUACUUUGCCUCCCCCGGUGGUAAGACCCUCACGACCACCUGGAACCCUCAAAAAAAGUCUGUCGAUCAGGAUUUGAUCUACAACACUCAGCAUGACAUGUUCUGCCCCGGAAUGUCCAUGGACUUUGACGGCAACAUCAUUGUCAGCGGUGGCAGUGAUGCUGGGCGAACCAGCAUCUACACUGGUGAUGGGUGGUUGCGCAGCAACGACCUGGUGCUGCCUCGUGGGUAUCAUGCCUCAACCACUCUCUCGGACGGCCGCAUCUUCGCUAUCGGUGGCUCCUGGAGUGGAGGAAACAAGGUGCUCAAGACCGGCGAGGUUUACAAUGCCAAGAAGAAGAAGUGGUACGCUCGCUCUGGCACCGAUGUCACUGCCAUGAUGACCGAUGACAAACUGGGCCAGUUCCGUGCCGACAACCACGCCUGGCUCUUUGGCUGGAAGAACGAGACCAUCUUCCAGGGUGGCCCCAGUGUUGCAAUGAACUGGUAUACCGUGCAAGGAAAGGGCAGCACCAUCCCUGCCGGGCGCCGAUUGAACGACCACGAUUCUACCUCCGGCAACGCCGUCAUGUACGAUGCCACCAAGGGCAAGAUCAUCACCUUCGGAGGUCAGACAUCCUAUGAUGGAUCCUAUGGAUCCAACCACGCCCAUCUAAUCACCCUCGGCGAACCCCUCGAGCCGCCUCUUGUGCAGGUGGCCGGUAACGGCUCCGGCGGUGGCAUGAACUACAUCCGUGUCUACCACACCUCCGUCGUCCUCCCUGAUGGAAAGGUCUUCAUUGCAGGUGGCCAGGCAUGGGGUGCUCCUUUCAACGAGAGCACCGUCGCGUUCACUCCUGAGAUCUACGACCCCGACACCGACACCUUUGUACCCCAGAACGGCAACAACAUGGUCCGUGUGUACCACAGUGUUUCCAUGUUACUCCCUGACGCUACUGUUCUGAACGGUGGCGGUGGUCUCUGUGGUAACUGCCCCUCGAACCACUACGACGCCCAGAUCUUCACUCCCCAGUACCUGCUCACUCCUGACGGCCAAAAACGCACUCGUCCCGCCAUUACCAAUGCGCCCGAAAACGUGGUGGUUGGCGGCUCGAUCGAGUUCUCGACCAACUCCAUGGUCGGCUCGGCCUCUCUAAUCCGCCAGGGAACUGCCACCCACACUGUCAACACUGACCAGCGCCGCAUUCCUCUCGAAAUCGACUGUCUUGGUAACCACAAGUUCACCGCCAAGCUCCCCGAUGAUGCGGGUAUCAUCCUUCCCGGCUGGUACAUGUUGUUCGCCCUCGACAUCCAUGGUACGCCAAGUGAGGCUGCGAUAGUCAAGGUUAAGCUCCCUCAAUACUCUCAAAUGGAGUACGAGGAUGAGGAUAAGGAGGAUUACAUGUACAACCAUGUCGAUGUCGAGGAUGCAGAGCAGGAGGAAGACUGCGAUGACAUGGAGGGCGACGGCGUCAAUGAUGACGUGAAGGGAAUGGUUGCCUUCCUGUCUUCGUCUUCCGGCAAGUUCUGGAAGUCGUGGAAGUCUGCUCUGAUUUCUCAGGUUUAAAAAAUAUUAGUUAUGUGAAUGGUAGUGUAGUUCGUGGUCUAUCCGACUACAUACCAAUGAGACAAAGGUAUACUAUUUCAGUCAAAAUAUAUUUGCGUCCUGUAUCGUAUUCUCGGG